AGGGCUUUCCGCAGUAUAAAUAGCCUGUGGGGAAUUUCUAGUCAUUUCUAGACAGGCCUCGUAGGGGCGCACUCUCAGGAGAGAAGGCCAAGAACUAUGAGAAGCUUCCAGAAGCUGAGCUACCUGCGAUGCGAUUGGUCGGUUUGCGGAAGCCACACCUAUCGCUCUGUCGGUUGCGUCUCUCGAACGCGGCACAACAUCAUCCAAGUGACCUCCGUGAGCGCUUUCAAACAUUCUGAUCAUUCCUACUUUUGGUUAAGUGUUUUAUUUAUUUACUUACUUGAUUUAGGGGGAGCAGUUCCCGCCCCCCCUGACCAAGCCCAUGGGAAACUUCCACCUUGUUGGAUUGGGGCAUUUUGGUGCACCCACCUUGGACAUUUUCAGUCAGGGAGACCACUUCGUGCGUGUUAAAUCUCCAGCUUUCAAUAUAAGGACAGCACCUGCCCCCUCCCUCUCUUAGGAAAAGCCAUGUACUGCAUCCCUCCUAUUUUGUACCUUUCUCAACUCCGUUGCCACGAUGCUUUGCGUUCGCAAGGACAGGUUUCCGGAAGUGGGGGAACUCUAUGGCAAAAAUACACUAGAGAAUCAGCACGGUAAUAUGAUGAAGACUCUGUUGCCAAGGAGCAGAAUGUUUUAAGCAAGAGCGUGGUUUUUCCCUCCCCAUAUUGCAACUAAAGAUUUGAUCUAAAAUUAGAUUUUUUUAAAAAAAAAUUUAAAAAAGGGAAAAAGGAGGAAAUAAACCAACCACAUCCUCACGGAGGGGCGUCGGAGGAAAUGGAAGUAAAUGUGAGCAAAGGAAUUUCUUCUCCAUCCUGGAAAUCAGUGCUACGGGAGAGGUCCAGGAAGAGACCAGAGGGGGGUGAUUUGAGAACUCCAGUGGGUGGCGAUGGAGGCAGGGGGAGAGAGAUCUGUCUCUGUAAUUGCAGGCUUUUCAGUGCAAGCUGGGUUCUUUCUUUUUCUUUCCCCCCUCCCCUCCCCUCCCUCUCCCUCUCUCCUGCUCUGGCAAGCCUGAAACCUGCUGAAUAAUUCAUAAAGAUGAGAAGCGCCGAAUUUCCCCAGGCUGAUAAUACAGUGUGCAUGCUGUAAAGCGAGAGAAGAUGCUCCAGGUCUUCGGAUGAGCUGCUGCCACUCUUGAGGCCAUUGCCCAGAGGGUGCUGGGACUCCUGGUAUUUCCACAGCUGAGGUUUCUUUUUUUUCCUGCCUUGCUUCCUUCCUCGCUCGCCUGCCUGUCUUUGGGCACUCGUUGCUGGCUGCACUCGACCAGGAGAAUCUAACUUUGCUGCAGUCAUGGAGAUUUGGAUGCAAGCUCUGGAUUUCGCCCUCCUUCUGCUUGCCUGGCUUGCAAACACCAGCCUUGGAUCCAUCGGCAAGCUUGUUCUUUCGUGAUCUGGAAUACUUGCAGCCUCCCCUGUGUAGAAAUACGGUGAAGGAGACUCACGUAUCCCUUCUUUCACCUCUGCCAACAACUGACUCUGGAGACCUGGCACGAUCGGAGAAGUUGGUGUUUUUCCAUGGGAUCCAGUCUUGCUCUCUGCUUGUUUUGGAGAUCGCCGUCUACAUUCUGGGACGUCAUGUAUGUUUGGUACUUUUCUGACGAUCUGCUUUGGCUCCUGCUGUGUUCUGCCUGGUCUAGGAGAUUUUCCUGGAUUUCUUCCUGGCUCAGCUUAGCCUUCUCCAGAACUGAGCAGUGCUGAGGUUGGUCUGGAGCGUCUCACUUGUGCGCCGCACAAUGCCCAAUAUCUCCUUCUCCUCUUCUUCCUCCUCCUCCUCCUCCUGGAGCUCUAGAUCCUUGCAACAGCUGCUUUGCGAAGAAGACUCCCUGGGGACGAGGAUCUCUUUGUCUCUCUUCUACUUGCUGCUAGCCAUCUACGGGACCAUAUCCAACAUCAUGGUCAUCUACCUGGUCUUCACCUUCAGGAAGCUACGCACCACCAGCAACGCUUUCAUUGUCAAUGGUUGCGUUGCGGACCUGAGUGUCUGUGGCCUUUGGAUGCCGCAAGAAGCGGUGCAGGGACUGCUCCCUUCUGGGUCCCCAACAGUGCGGUCAGAAGGGUACCGGUUGCUCCGUGCUGGGCUGGUGGGCCUUGGGCUCAUCGUCUCACUGCUCUCCCACCUGCUGGUGGCCCUCAACCGCUAUGUCCUCAUCACCAAGCCACCCAUCACGUACCAGGCUGUUUACCAGAGGAAGCACACGGCCUGGAUGAUCAGCUUGUCCUGGGGGCUGGCCCUCCUCCUCGCCUCCGUCCCCCCAGGACUGCAGAUGUGGCAACCCAGCCGGCAGGAGUCUCAAAAUGGCACCAGUACCAAGAGCUCGAACUACGUGGGCCUUCUGGUAGCCCUGGCUGUCCUCAUCCAGACAGUCCUCCUGCUCCACUGCUACAUGGGGAUUGUCAGGAGGGUGAGGGGCAGCGUCAAGCGCGUCAGCGUCCUCAACUUCCACCUGCUCCAGCAGCUCCCCUUCCCAGCAGCCUCGGCGGCUCCCCGCCGGGCCCGGCGCCUGAGCAGCAUCUCUGUCUUGCUCCUCUGCCUCGCCUUCCUCCUGGCCACGCAGCCUUUGGUGUGGGUCAGCUUUCUGGGCUUUUUCUUCUGGCCCAUGCCCCGGGGGCUGCAGAUCGCCAGCUGGCUGCUCUUCUGCUCUCUCUCGGCCUUCAACCCGCUGCUCUAUACGUGGAAGAACGAGGAGUUCCGCCGCUGUGCCCGCUUAGUGCUACCCGGAGGGGAAAACCCGGCGGUGGCGGUAGCUGCCGCAGCGGCCACUACCGCCCUCCCCACAGUGUCUCUUCCCUCUCAGGAGCCAUCGCAGCUGGGGACCAAAGUGGAAAGUCUAGGCAGCUUAGUGCUUCACUGACACCCCCCUAAAUUCUCACGCUCUUAGGUGAAAAGGUGUUGGGAGACAUUAGCCUUGGACUCAGGCAGGGGUCAGCAAAGUUUUUGUGGUUCACGGUCCCGCAGAUGCCGCAGUGGGCUGGAGUGUGUGUGCGUGUGUGUGCAUGCACGCUCAAAUGCUAUUUCCGGCACUACUUCCUGCAUGGAGGAGGCGUGCAAAGCUUCCUAUUGGCUGCAGGAGCUUCCUGCAGCCAAUGGGAAGCCGGGCAGCAUUGUGGAAGGCGGUCCCCGCUCUGCUCUGCGCCGGUUUAGUGUGGCACACGGGAGCUGACAAAGCGGGCAGCGUGGGUCCCCGAGGGGGCUGCGGGGGUCCAUGGGCCGAUUAAAUGACCCCCAUGGGCUGCUUGUGACCCAUGGACCUUAGGUUGCUGACCCCUGGACUCAGGUAUCGCAUGCGGGCCAUUGUCAACAGGUGGGGAUGUUGUCCUUUACAGAGGUUGCUUCCAGAUAACCUGCUUAGCCAUCAUUUACGUUGAUUCGUUUGCGCAAAGUCCACAGGGAGGUUAGAUGAUGCUAGCUAUUUAUUGUCUGUUCUGAUUGGUUUGCAGUGAGGUCAGGUGACCUCAUGCUGGGCAAGUGUCACGGCUAACUUUCUGGUGCCACUUUCCUCAUGGUAAAAAAAGUUCCCUUUGGGAGAGCAAGUGGUUUAGUUGCUCAAUACCCAUUUUUAAUGGUACAACCUGAAUUUGCCUGGACGGGACGAAAUCCCAUCUGAAAAUAGCAACAGUCUGGAAGCGCCUUUAUUAGAUUUCCCCCCC